CACCGGCCGGCGCUCGCCGCGCAGUGGUGAUCCGAGCGGCGCGGCGGCGGGUCGGCCGACUGGUGACGGGCGCUGUCCCUGGUGACGGAGCGAGUUCAGCCGCUGGUGACAGAGCGGGUGCUGUGGCGGCAGUCAGUGCGCGGAGAGUGCUGCUGUGUGGCGAGGACAGGCCGCGCCGCACCAGUCACCGCAGGCGGGCGAUGCAGGCAGCAAAGGCGAGUCGGAGUCUUCUCUAGCGCGGAGCCGACAGGAGCGCCGGAGAUGGUGGCGCCGCGGUCGGCCGUGCUGGCCGCGCUGCUGGUGCUGCUGGUGGCCGUCGGGGCCGCGCCGCAGGCCGGAGACGGGCUGGAAGAAGUCGUCGUAGAAGACGGGGCUGGGUCGGUCAGGGCGGCAGAAUCCGAGAUCGCCUACACUGCUGAGGCUCGAGAUGAGCGGGCGAGCUCGACGUCCGAGAUCGUGAAGCCGCAGUGCGACCGUCAGGACGCGUGCUUCUGCGAGGCGAUGCCGGCCGGCUCGUUCAAGCUGUUUUGCACGCACCCGCUGGACUUUACGUUCCGGUUCACGUACGUGGCGCCGACGGAGCUGUCGCCGGCCUCGAUCGUCAUCUGGUGCGACCCGCUGCGGAUGCGCCGCGAGCACUACGACCACCUGUUCACGUACGGCAUGCGGCUGGGCGCCGUGCACACGGUUGUGUUCAACUUGUGCCUGCUGCCGGCCGGGCCGCUGGCAGACUUCCUCGGCCGGCUGGGCGUCACCGGCCUGCAGCGGCUCACCGUCGCCUCGCACGCCAUCCUCAACGACACCAUCGAGGGCGACUUUCUGGACGGCGUCAACGCCACCACCGUCCAGCUGACCGAGGUGUCGCGCAUCCAGCUGCACGACCACUUCCUGGCGUCGCUGGGCCAGCUGGAAUCGCUGACGAUGACGGGCGGCGCGCUGCAGCUGCCGGGCGCUCUGUUCCGACACACGCCGCGGCUCGGUCGGCUCGGACUCACCGACAACCGACUGCACUCGCUGCCCGAAGGCCUCUUUGACGGCCUGACGCAGCUCACGCAGCUCGGCCUCGGCAAGAACCGGCUGCGGCAGCUGACACGCCGCCACUUCCGCGAUCUGGGCCGGCUCGAGUGGCUCGAUCUGUACGUCAACGAGCUGGAGACACUGCCGGUGGAUGUGUUCGCGCCGCUGCACAGCCUCCACACGCUGCGCAUGGAGGACAACCCGCUGCGGACGCUGCCAGACGGCCUGUUCGCCGGCACGCCCGAGCUGCGCAAGCUGCUGAUGAAUGGCGGCACGCUGCGCGGCGGUCAGCUGCGCCGACUGCCGGCCGGCGUGUUCCGCGGCCUGGCCAAGCUGGACAUGCUGAUGCUGCACCAGCUGGGCCUGGAGGAGCUGCCCGCCACGCUGUUCGCCAACCUGACAUCGCUGGCCAACCUGACGCUGGACCGCAACCGGCUGGAGACGCUGCCCGACACUGUGUUCGCCGACCUCUCCAACCUGCGCAACCUGGACCUGCACGGCAACCGGCUGCGGCGGGUGCCGGCGCGCCUGCUGCAGGGCCUCGGCCAGCUGGACACGCUCUACCUGGACCGGAACGGGCUGGCCGCGCUGCCGGACGACCUGUUCACCUCCACCCCGCACCUGGAGCGGCUCUUCCUUCGACACAACAACCUGACGCUCCUGACGCCGCGCGCGUUCGCUGGACUGCGGACCGGCCUCCGCCUGCUGCAGCUCGAUCACAACCAGCUGGUGCUCGACGGCACCACCUUCAAGGAGAUGCCGCAGCUUCAGGAGCUGCACCUGGCCAACAACCGCAUCGACCGCAUCACCGACGACGUCAUCAUCAAUCUGAUGCAGCUGCGCCUGUUGGACCUGCGCAACAACCAGCUGAAGAACAUCACCUUCAACGACUUGAACUUCCUGUGCACAGACGCACGGAUUGACCUCAGCUUCAACCAGAUCACGACCGUUUCGCUGGAGCCCUUCGGCGUGGUGCAGGCGGCCGUAAUGAGCAACGAUCGACGCCGGCCAAACACGAUCGUUCUGCGCGGCAACCCAGUGCUCUGUGACUGCCACCUAGUCUCGCUGUGGAACUACCUGGCCGGCACGGGACCGCUGGCGGCGCACCGCGAUAAGCUGGACGAGCUGUUCCGGCUGGACGUGGACGGACUGCAGUGCGCCGGCCCCGACCGGCUGGCCGGCCAGCCGCUGACCGGCGUGCCCUCGGCCGACCAGCUGCUCUGCCCGCUCAUCGACGACUGUCCGGCCGGCUGUCAGUGCAGCGAGCAGCGCAGCGAGCGCCUAGUGCUGGUCACGUGCGCCGCGCUGCCGGCCGGCGCGCCACUGCCUACCGUGUUGCCACACAUCGCGGGCUACAACGUCAGCCUGCACCUGGAGGGCGCCGGCCUGCGGCGGCUCACCGACCUCUCUAAUACCUCGGCCGUCAUCUCCGAGCUCCACCUCAGCCGUAACAACCUGACCAGCGUGCCCGUCACCUACCUGCCGCCCUCCCUGCGCCUCCUCAGACUCGACCACAACAACCUGACAAACGUCUCGGAGCCGCUGCUGGGCCACCUACAGCAGGCCGGGGCCCGCGUCUGGCUGGGCAACAAUCCGUACCGGUGCGACUGCGACCUGCUGCCGCUGCACCGCUUCGUGCUGCUGAGCGCCAAUAACGGCUCCGGAUCCGUGCAGGACGUGUCGGCGGUACGGUGCGACGACAGCGCCAACCGCACCCUGCUCGAGAUGAAGCCGGACGAGGUGUGUCCGUCGCGGCUGGCCAUGGUGAUCGCCGCGUGUGUGGCGGCCACCGCGCUGGCCAUGUGCGCGCUCGUGGCCGCCGUGAUCUACUACAACUACCGCGACACCAUCAAGGUGUGGCUGUACGCGCACGGCCUCUGCAUGGCGCUCGUCUCCGAGGAGGAGCUCGACACGGACAAAAAGUAUGACGCGUUCGUCAGCUACUCACACCUGGACGAGGAGUUUGUGGUGGAACAGCUCGUGCCGGAGCUGGAGCGCGGCGACCCCAAAUACACGCUGUGUCUGCACUUCCGCGACUGGCUGGCCGGAGAAUUUAUCGCGGACCAGAUCCAGGACUCUGUGCAGGAUUCGCGCCGCGUUAUCGUCGUUCUGUCCAAGAACUUUAUUCAGAGCGACUGGGGUCGGAUGGAAUUCCUCACCGCCCACAAGCAGGCGCUGAGCGAGCGGCGCAACCGCGUCAUCCUGGUGGUGUACGGGGAGCUGCCCGAGCCGUCCGCCAUGGACCCCGAGCUGCGCUCCUACAUCAGCCUCAACACGUACCUGCAGUGGGGCGACCCGCUCUUCUGGCAGCGGCUCCGCUACGCGCUGCCGCACAAGGGCCGCCGCAUGAAGAAGUCGGCCCGCCGCCGGCGACUCACCUCCGACAAACUGGGCCUGAUCCUGAGCGCAGGCGGCCUGAGCUCAGCCGGCUCCACGCCGGCCGUCACGCCCACCGUGGAGAUGCCGGCCACGCCGCCGGACGGACACCUCAACGGCUGCUUCGUCGGCGACAAGCUGCCGACCAUCUCCGAGAGUCGGCUGAGGGAGCAGCGCGCCGCGGACAACGCUGUCUAGGCGGCAGGACCGCACCGGCGGCCAGCGGGGCCGGAGGGCGACCAAAGGGGGCGGCAGCGCCGUGACCGAGUGCGGCGUCUGGCGCCUGCGGUGACGCUCACGGAGGCUCCCCGGGGCCGGACACGCCGCCGAUCUCAGUCUGACCCGGUCCCAGCAGCGCGCACCCGGAGCGCGCGAGCGCCGGUACCAGCUGGUCAGUCCAGCCGCCGCCCGCUGCCCGAGGCGCGCAGUCGGCGUCGGUCGCCGCUCGGACAGCCAGGAUGUGGUGCGGGUGAAGCCCCUCCCACGCUGUGGCGCGCGCUAUCGCCGCCGGCCGGCCAUGUCGGUGGCUGUGCAGGGGAGAGGCCCACCGAGCGCGCGCCGGCCGGCCGGCCGCCGUCUCUCUGCAUACACAUCUACUGGUGACGGCCGGCCGCCGGUGUCGAUAAGGACUCGCCGGCCCGACCGAUGGCGGCGCCCCUUCCUGGUGUACAAAUACGGGGGCCCUCGCGGCCACCAUUCACUUGUGAUUCCGUGUUUAUAUCGUCGUGCAGUGUAUUCGCAGUGACCGACUGAUUUCGCAGUGAUGCUCAAUGCGUCUCAUAUGCCUGUUUGUACAGACCAUGAUCGCCGUUCACCGUUCAAUAAAUGUGUCCACAAGAAGUA